AUGACUACACUAUUGAAACAUCUCAAAUGCAUAACGACAGGUCUCCCAAAGGAAGAAGUCCAGCCAAGAUUGCUCACAACUGAUAUUGUCCAACAAAACACUGAUCAAAUCAUAAAGCAACAACCACUUAAUCAAGAUCAACCAGACGUGAUUGAUAAUGCCCAGAGCUGCAUAGCUGAAAAGGAACCUGACAGAUUAUCCACAGUUAUUGAGGAACCUGUAGAACUUGAAACCAAGCACAACAUCAGCAUAUUAAAAGAACAAGCAAACCAACAAUCAGAAGAAACUAGCAUGCAGAAUGUCACUACAAAUUAUAUAAUAGAAGGACAUGUCACAUCAGAAAGCAGCAUAAAAGUAGCUGAUGAUGUCCACAAAUCGGACUCAAUAAAGAAUUUAGAGAAGAAAGAUGAAAAUGAAAUCAGAGAAGAGGAAGCAACGGAUGUCAAACAAUCGACUAAUGUGGAGAUACCAAAAAGAGAAGCUAAAGGGAGGUCUGAAGAUAAAGCCCUGCAGACAUUACCCAGUGCAGAAUUGGUCGGAAAUAAAGCAAAUGAUGAGUGUUUUCAAGGAGAUAUAAAACCAGAAGCAGGACUUGCAGUGACAUAUGCAAAUGAGAAGCAAGCACUGCAACAUGAGUUCGACACAAAAGAAGAAAUUCCGGAGGAAGAGGCAUGCAAGCUCAUUGCAGAAAGUGAAGCGAAAUCAGAACCCCAGAUUGUAGCACAGAACAAUGAGACCACAUGCAUAAAGCAUCCAUAUUUGGAUGGAGAGACUUCAGAAAUAAACCCCAGUAAUGAUACUAUAGAGCAAGAGAUUACAAUGUCUCCUGCGAAGGAGAAACUAGCAAUUGAGGAUGACAAGAACUUCAAUCUAGAGGAAGAAAAAGGGACAGAAAAAGAAACAAACAUGCAGCUAGAAGACACUACAGAAAGUGAGCCAAAAGAGGAACCUAUACAACCAAUAGCUAGAGCAGAAUUAGUCAGAACUAAAGCACAUGAUGAGAGUAGUCCAGAAGCAAAUGUUACAGUGAAAUCAAACAAAGAGGUGCAAACAUCUAAUGUUAUAGAGAAAGAAGAGAUUCAGGAUACUGGAAAGUGCAGUCAAGUGGAAGAAAAAAGGAUUAAAGAACCUACAAAAUCACAGUUAAAGGAGGAAGAAGUCCAGACAAGAUCACCCACUCCUUCCUCUGUACAAGGUGAUACUAAUCAAAUUAGGCAGCAAAAAACACUGUACAUCGACGAGUCAGAAAUAAAUGAUAAUGACAAGCAGGGCUGCAUAUCAAAAAUUGCACAAGACAUACAAUUGACUAUUGCUCAGGAAACUGAAAAACCAGAAACCAAAGUCAAUGUUGGAAUAGUGACAGAGAAAUUAGACAACAAGCAUGCAAGUGAAAUCAGAUCAGAGGAAGGAACAGAUGCCAAACAAUUGACUGAUGUGGAGAUACCAAAGUCAGAAAUAGAAGGUGUGCCAAAAGAUGAAGCUCAACAACCAAUAGCCAAUACAGUAUUGGUGGGAACCAGGAUAUAUGAUGAGGGUUGUCGAGAAGACAUAGAGUCAGAAGAAGAUGCUAAAGUACUAUCUAACGAUGAGGAGCAAAAACCAGAAUAUGUUACUGAGGGAACUGUAGGAAUAAACGCCACUAAUUAUACAAAUGAAAAAGAAGAGAUUCCAACAUCUCCUGUCAGUGUGAAAGAAGGGAUUGAGAAUAAUCGAAAAUUCAGUAAAGAAGAAGAAUCAAAAAGGGUAAAAGAAGAAACAAAAAUGCAGUUACAGGACGAACAAGGCCAGACAAGAUCACCCACUCCUGCCUUUGUCCAAGGUGACACUAAUCAAAUUCCUCAGCAAGAAACACUGUGCAUUGAUGAAUCAGAAGCUUUUGAUAAUGCCAAGCAAUGGUGCAUACCAGAAAUUGAACUUGAGAAAAACACCACUGUUGCACAGGAAACAAGAAAUCCAGAAACCAAGGAUAAAGUCAGCACAGUAGCAGAGAAUUUAGGCCACAAGGAUGCAACAGAAAUCAAGGCAGAGGAAGGAACAUAUGCUCAACAAUCAACUGAAGUGGAGAUGCCAAAGUCAGAGAGAGAUGGUAAUUAGGUUUUGAAAUUUUAGAAUCAAAUAUGACUCAAACUUAAUCCCAAAACAUUAGAAUCUGUUUUAUUAGCUGUAUUAUUUCUGUCAUGAUUUGUGUUUUAUUGUUUCCUUAUUUAGCAAAUUAUAAUUACAGUAUAUGAUGGGGAUAUUUCUGAAUCAUAGGGAUCUGGUUGUCUAGGAGCUAUUAUUAUACUUCUUAAAAUAGCUUUCUAGCUUUGUAUAUAUAGAUUGUAUUUUCAGCAUAAUACGAUGAAUCAUUCUACCCUAAAUUAUCACAUGGUAUCAGAGUCAGAUUGAAGAGCCUAUUCUAGCGAGAUUUGUGUUUGUUAGACAUUAUUUCAUUAAUGUUUAGUCCCACGUUCGAGAUGUAUAUACCUCGACAUGGGGGGGGG